AGGUCUAUUCAUGGUCGAGGUCCUUUGUUCCUAGGUCUCACGUUAGGAAGUUAGAGUAGACAGGCGAUCGUUAUUCCCCGUCGCCCGUCGACUUUGUCCCAGCUCGACUUUUACUCUAAAAUCGCCUCUGAAUAUCAGAACGUCUUGCAGGUUCGCUCGCUUUGACGGAAUUUCUGAGUUUCACUCCGGUCAGCCUCACAGAGAUUCGUGUGACUGAUGGACCUACCAUAGACCGUCGGGGAAGCGUACCGUCCAUAUUUUUGUCGAACUGCGUGCCUGUAAUCGAUUCAGCUAGUAACGAAGAUCGAUUCAGCCUGCAGCAGCACCAGCAGCAGCGGCAGCCAUGGAUUGGUUCUCGGCGCAGGUGACGUCGCUGGGUCUGGGCGAGCUUCCGGACAUUGCGGGAGCGGUGAACAAGCUGAGCGAGACAAUCUCAAACAUCGACACGUCGGGAUUCGACGCCGGACUCGGCCUCGACUUCCUUCCUCCCGUCACUGAAGACAAGCCGGCAGCUAGCUCGUCCUCUCAAGCUACCAAGGCCAGAGCAACCACAGACGGCCCCAGCACUGCCCCCAGUCCUUCUACCGCCACAGCUCGCGCUUCUGCUCCUUCCGCCGCUGCCGCCGCUGUUGCAGCGAAAGACAAGGUCCAAGAAGCAGCAGUGGGCUCCAAAACACCAGAGAAGGCAGCUCCAAAGCCCGUCACGGCGACAGCUAAAGCGUCGCCAGCCAGAGCAGCUUCAACCGCCGAAACUGCACCAGCAGCAGGUGUAUUGGCCAAGGAAAAAGGAGCGGAGCCGAAGGCAGCAGUGGGUGGAGCGGCGAAACCGGAGAGUAAGCUUGGAGCGAAGAAACUGGGAGCUAGUAAGCUGACUCGGCCACUGCGGAGUGCUGCUGCUAAGAGUGCUGCUGGUUCUGGUGCUGAUGCUGGUGCUGAUGCUGGUGCUGCUGGUGUUGCGGCUGGUACCAGAUCAGAAGGGGCCAAAGCGUUGGCUGAUGGGGAUGGCAGUGCAGGGAAAGACGAAGUGGUGAAGGAGGAAAAGGAGGAGAAGGAGAAGAAGGUGGAGAAGAAACCUACCAAGAUAGUGAAGCUAGUCAAGGGAAAGCUGAGCAAGCCACAGGCUGGGGGAGAAGCAGCAGCAGCAGCAGCAACAGAGGCUGCUUUUCCAGCGCCAGCGCCAGAAGCUGAAACUCCACUCCAAAUAGCGCCAUCAGCAACGGUAGAAAAGCAGGAGCCAAGUGCUGUGGUGGACGGAGCAGGUGAAACAGCAGGGGCAGAGGACAAGGAGGGAGGAGCGGGGUGGGCAAUCGAUGAGGUGUUACCUGGUAACGAUUCCACUGUUCCUGCUAGUCCUUCACUUAAAGGUAAGCCAGAUGCUGAGCCAGCAGCUGCUAGGGUUUCGGUUUCCACUGGCCCUGAACCUGCUGCUGCCGAAGCUGUUUCCAAUCCAGAGAGUGAGGAAGAUUCCAAACCUGCAGCAGCUUUGGCAGAAGAAGAAGCUGUUGUGGGGACCGGAGAGAGUGCGGAGGAGGAAGGGGAGGGGUGGGCUGCAGUGAUUGAAGAGGAAGAGAUUGUAACGAACGAGGGAGAUGCAGGCUUCUCAAGUGCAGGCGCAGGAACAAAAGAGGACAUUCAGAAAUCAGAAGACAAAGCGGUUGCUGCUGGGGAUGAUGUUGCUGGUGCCGGUUCUGCCAUUGAUAUAGCUUCUGACGGUGCUGAUGCUGGUGCUGAAGGUUCAGCUGCUUUAGCCAUUGCUUCAUCCACCCCUCUGCCGUUCAGUGGGUUCGAAGCUGCGUCUGAGGGCGUUUUUAGCAUUGACGAUGGGGAGGGGGAGGGGGAGGAGGAGGAUGGAGAGGGGGAGAAUAGAGAGGGCAUUCCUGCGCCAUCCCCCAUCAAACCCUCUCUGCCAGAAGUCAGGCCACCAUUCGGUGAUACUUCUCCUGCGUUCUCUGCAUCGCCUGCAGCUGCCCCCACUGCUCCUCUCUCUCCUGUUGUUACUAGCCCUAAAGCCGUUGGAUCCGCGGUGUCUGCAGGAUUAGAGGCAGCAGCAACAGCUGAAAAAGCAGCUGCUGAAAGCGGCUCUGUUGCUCCCCCAGCAGCCAUUCCUUUUGCGGAAGGCGAAAGCGGCCCUGCGGCUGUUCUCGAGACGAGUGAAGAGGAAACGAGGACUCAGAGCCAGGGAUUAGAGCCAGAGGAGAAUAAGGUAACUCGAAAUGAUGUAGCUAUAGCUGGUGAGGCGGGCGGUGCAGGGGAGGAGGUGGACCCACCGUCAGAAGGAGAGAGCCAAGCAUUGGGGCUGACAGAAGAAAGGCCAGCGCCUUCUCCUGAAGGUGCUCCUGCUGAAGGUGCUUCUGCUGAAGGUGCUUCUGCUGAAGGUGCUUCUGCUGAAGGUGCUCCUGCUGAAGGUGCUCCUGCUGAAGGUGCUUCUGCUGAAGGUGCUCCUGCUGAAGGUGCUCCUGCUGAAUCUGCUGCUCAGGAGGGAGAGGAAGGAGCAAAGGGAGAAGGGUUGACAGAAGGGCUCACUGCUGCUGGGAAUGGUCCUGUGAACGACGAGCUCCCAGUGAGCUCAUCUGUCGAGGAAGAGCAGGUUGAGGAGGCGGGUGCAGCUGUUGAGGAGGUGGGUGCAGCUGUCACGGAUGCGAAUGGAUGGGCUGUGGGCAGCGUUGGGGGUGAGGGAGAGGCGGUUGCUGUUGGUGAGGCUCGAGGAGAGAGGGAGGCAGGUGAGAGGGUUGAUGGGGAGGUUGUGGAAGGCACAGCAGGCGAGGGAACAGGGGUAAAGACAGCGGGCACUUUUGACCUAGCUGAAGCUGCAGUAGCAGAGAUGGCGGGAGGUGAUGUAGCAGCAGGGGAUGAGACUGGUGAUGGUGAUGGUGAUGGUGAUGGUGGUGGUGGUGGCGCUGCUGCUGCUGCUGCUGCGUCCGCGGCAGCAAACAUAUUAGAGGUUGGCCCAGCUGAGGCAAGGGGAGUUGAGGAGAGUGAAGGUGAUGGUGGGGUGCCAGCUUCAGAAGAAGUAGCAGUUGAUUCAGCGCCACCAGCAGCGGAAGCAGAGGCACUGUUUGCUGAAAUAGCAUUACCAUCCGCUGCAGCAGCAGAGGCUUUGUCUGUUGAAAAGGCAGCAUCUGCAGCAGCAGCGGUACAAGCUUUGUUGGCUCAAACAGCAUCAACAGCAGCAGCAGAAGCACUGUCAUCGGAGCUUCAAGCAGAACUUGUGAGGGUGAAGAUGGAGCUGGCGAAUAUGGAGAGUGCUCUGCAGCACGCCGCCAGGCAGGCGCAGACCAAGGCUGAUGAUCUGGCCCGGGCCAUGACAGUCAAUGAUGAGCUUCGCGCCGAGCUGGAGGAUUUGAAGGCGCAGAAGAACAAUGAUGCAGAGCUAGAGGCUCUGAGGGAGGAAUACCAGCACCGACUGGGGGCAGCUGAAAGAAAGGUGUAUGCUCUGACCAAGGAACGAGACAUGUUGCGGCGGGAGCAGAGCAGAAAGGCAGACACUUCGACACUGCUGAAGGAGAAGGAUGAGAUAAUUCGGCAGGUCAUGGCUGAAGGCGAGGAACUUUCCAAGAAGCAGGCAGCCCAAGAGGCAGCUAUGAAGAAGCUUCGCACUCAGCUCCGGGAGAUGGAGGAGGAGAAGAGCCGUCUGCAGUCCCGACUGCAAGUGGAGGAGGCCCGAGUGGAGAGCAUUAAGAAAGACAAGGCGGCCACAGAGAAGGCACUUCAGGACGCAGUAGAGCGCGGGCAGGCGGACCUCGCCGCCCAAAAAGACUUCUACGUCUCUGCCCUUUCAGCUGCCCGGGAGGCGCAGGCAGCAGCGGAGGCGCGGGCGGAUAGCGAGGCAAAGGCGGAGGCAGAGAGAAAGCUGAAGGAGGCGGGGGAGAGGGAGCGGGCGCUGGUGAUGACUGUGGAGGAGCUCAGGCAGGCGCUGACCAGGAGCGAGCAGCAGGCGGGGUUCCGGGAGCAGAUGCUGAGGCGGGACCUCGAGGACAUGGAGAAGCGCUGCCAGGCGGCGGAGGCUCGGCACGAGGAGCUGGUGGCUCGGAUACCGGACUCGACCCGCCCGCUGCUGCGGCAGAUCGAGGCGAUGCAGGAGUCGGCUAAUACGCGCAUGGAGGCUCUCUCUGGGGUUGAGAGGGCACUGAAUGCGAGGCUGCAGGACGCAGAGGCGAAAGCGGCAGUGGCGGAGGAGAAGGAGCGGGUGACGAGCGAGCGGCUGAACCAGACGCUCUCCCGGUUGGCCGUGAUGGAGGCGCAGCUCUCCUGCCUGCGCGCCGAGCACUCCCAGCUCGCUCGCUCCCUCGACAAGGAGCGGCAGCGCGCGGCGGAGAACCGGACGGAGUACCUGAGUGCGCAGGAGGCGAAGGCGGCGGCGGAGGGGCGGGUGAAGGCGGUGGAGGAGGAGAUGAGGGAGGUGAAGGGGCGGUGGCGGAAGGAGGUGCAGGAGGAGAGGCAGCGGAGGGAGCUCGUGGAACAGGAGCUGGAGAGUGAGCGAGCUUCCAUGGCCGAGCAUGAGAGGAAAAUACGCGCUGAAGGAAGGGCAGCAGCAGAGAAGGCGCUAGCAGUGGCACAUGCAGCAGCAGGCUCGUCCUACCCUGAGCUCUCAGUGCGCCAGUCGCUGCGUCGAGUCCCCAGCACCAGCAGCGCGGGCAGCAGCGCCAUUGAAGAGGCAACAGCCUCCGGCAUCCUAGCCGCGUCCCUCCUUGGGGGUGUGGGCUCUGCCUCGCAGAACGACCUCCUCACCGGCUCCAUCAUCGGAGGCAGCAGCAGCGGUGGCAUGUUUGGCGGUGCAGCCGGAGGGAUGGGGGGAGGCAUGGGCACGCCGCUGGGCUAUGGUGCAUCGUCUGGUGGGGGUCUGCUGCGGCCGAGCGCAGCAAAUGCUGCUGCAGUGGAGCACUUGGAGUCGCUGCUGAGGCAGAAGGACGGCGAGAUUGCCACGCACACUGCACGACUGGCCGCACUGGAGAGCACGCGCGAUUCACUGGCAGAGGAACUCGUAAAAACGACAACCCAGUGCGAGAGCCUGCGCGGCGAGGUGUCUCAGCUGCCGGGGCUGAAGGCCGAGCUGGAGGCGAUCAGGCGGCGACACGCAUCUGCCCUGGAGCUCAUGGGGGAGAGAGACGAACAGGUGGAGGAGCUGAGAGCAGACCUCAUGGAUGUGAAGGAGAUGUACCGCGAGCAAAUCGACAUGCUGGUAGACCAGAUCCAGAAGCUGGGGAAGGCAUCUGCAUCGGUAGCCGGACACUGAAGUUUACUUGUGGGAAACUUGUGCUCCAAAAAGUGUAUUUUACUUGUUUCAUGGCUGUGAUUAAUAUGUGAAGCCCCGAUUGUGGAGACAACUGUGCGUGUUAGUUCACGUUUGCUCUAACCAUUGUAGGUCAUUCUUAAGUAUUCUGCACACAAUCUUCAUAGC